UUUUGAAUUUACUUCGGAAUAAUUGAAAAAUGCACCCACCUCCAAAGACGAUUUGUAAGAAAAGAAAUAAUAUUAAGUUGACAGCUGUCAAGAAAACUUCAAGUGCAGGGUUGUAUUUAAAUUUAAUGCAUUUAACUCUUUUUGAAAUUCUUUUCCAUCAAGUCAUUAAUUAUAUUGAUAAAUCAAAUAGAAAUAGGAUAAUAUAAUGUUUUUAAACAAUUUUUAUUAAGUAAGCUAAUAUGAUAAUGACAUGGUAGAAAUUAUAUACCUAUAAUCGAUAACUAAGCAAAUUGUUCGAGUAGCACUAAAAAAAAAAUAACAUCCUCUGCAGCAUGUGUACAGAUAUAACGAAACGUCAAAAUAUUUUGUUUUGAUUUUCACAACACAAGUCUAAUCUACGUCAAACAAAAAUAUCUUUUGAUUUUAUUAAAACUAUAAGAAUAAAGAAAUGAACAAAAUAAAAAAGCCAAAAUCUUUCCAAAAGCCUCCUCCAUUAGUAGCGCCCCGUCGAGAGACACCUGAAAAUGAGGCACAAAUAGAAUUGGAACUUUGUUGGUGUGUUCAGCAGUUGGAAAACGCACUUAAUUCAGGAAAGCUAUCUCAAAAGAUAGCCGAUGAUACUGUGAAGAAUGUACGGGUGCUUAAAAGUUCAACUGCACCGCUUGUUAAAAAGCGUCAGGUUAUGAAAGCCGCACUUGGAGAUUACCGUGCUAAAAUGAAAGAAGAGGAAAAGAAAAUGGCUCUUGCGGCUAAACAAAUUAAAUUUACACAAACUAUUGAAGCAAAUAAAAAGUCAAGCUUCUUAAAAAAAGCUGCUAUUAUCCAAACGGGGAAAGAGUUCCGCUUCAAUUUUUCGACUCCUAACGUUGAUGAUGUUUCUGAAUCAACGGAAAACGAUUUAAGUGGCAUAAAGAGUUUAGAUAUUAAAAACGAAAACGGGUCAACCAUAUCCAAAGACUUACAUUUAACUGGCGGUGGUUUUAAAUUUAACUUUAUAGUAAAUGAAAAUAAUGAUGAUUUAAAUUUAAGUGGACUGUCCAUUAAAAGCUAAAACUAAAUUGAGAAAAUAAAGAAUUAUGUUGAAUUUAAGAUGGGA